AUGAGUUCUGCACCAGUAACAGAAUUGGAUUUAAUAUCAGCGCUACAGGCAGUUGGUGCCUUAAACAAAUUGGAUGAAUCGUCUGUAUCGUCAUAUGAAUCAAAAUCAACUCUGAAUGAUUUAUCUGUAGAAACAAUAUCAAAUGCCUCAUCUGAUUAUUUUCCAGUUCUUGAUCGUUCUGAAUCUCUUCGCAUUAUACACAAUCUCGUUGAAGGCCUACUGCGAGUGCAAACGCGCGAUUCGUCUACAGCACCUCGUCACUUAAAUGCUGUAUUGUCAUCUCUGUUGAGAUUUCUUAGUGAUUCUAAUUCUGAUGUUCGUAUAGCUGCAGAUGAAGGCUUGAACAAACUCAUAAAGUUUCUUCGAUCAAGUAUGUCGCAUCUAAUUUUAUUUGAACUGUUUAUGGAAUUGAAACGUAAUCAUAAUCCAAGAUCUGUAUCUGUUGCUAUGUCAAAAUUUGCUGCAUUAUCUUCACAAAUUAGAACAACGAAACGGAGAUUCUAUGCUGUCAACUUACUUCCAACUUUUAUUUCAAUCUGUGAACAAGAAAAUGAUUUAUUAUAUGAAAAUUUAAUUGAUUCUUUUGGACAGAUUGCAAAUGAAUUGUUCUAUUAUGCAACUGAAAAAGAAUUACGCAGUUUUUUACGUACACAAUUUAAAAGAUUAUCGUCAAAUAAAGCUCUGAUACGACGUACAAUUGCUCAAUUAUUAGUUAUCACAUGCCAAUCAUCUCGUGUACCGCUUACAUUAUUACGUUAUCUAUUGCACUUGAUAUUAGCGGAAAUGGAAUCACUCAGUGUUGUUUCAUCUACAGAACCAGUUAAAGUUGACUAUGAUUCAUCAACACCGAACAAUUUUAUCACCUAUUGGACAGGUUUAUUUAAUACAAUACGCUAUUUAUCUAUUGGUUGGGAACAACUUUCAAAUAAUAUUACAAAGAAUUCAUCCUAUCUAAAUUUAAAUCUACCUUCAACGUCAUCAAUUGAUUUAAAAUUUUUAAAUAAUAUACAUUCUAGGAUAUCUGGUACUGCUGAUCCAGAAAGCCCAGAAAUGCCUAAUCCAGCAGACGAUUCAACUGUUUUACAAUCAAGUCAACUUGCUAAAGACACAAUGGAAUCAUCAAGAAAAUUACCUAUGCAUAAAAUUAAUUAUUCAGAAUUGGAUAAUCAAAUGUGGUCAAAAACAUUUUUCUUAUGUUUACAUCAUGCAUGCAAUCAAUCUAAUCUGAAUUCAUUAAUGUUACAGACAGCUGCUUUAGAGGCUUUUGUACAGCUGUUAACUGUUAGACGUCCACUCUUUUUAUAUCCAUUUAAUUGGCUUACAAAUAUUAUUACAUCAACCUCAUCAUCAACAACAUCGUCAAGAUCAUCAUCAUCAAUCCAUCAAAGUUUUCAUAGUGAUAAAACUAGUAGUGAAGUACAAGGUGAUAAAACAGUCAACAAAUCACCGUCAUCGUCAGUAACACCACAUUUUCUCAAUAAAAGUGAACUCAGUAUUGAUACCAGUAUUCACAAAGAAUCAUAUGAUGUUGUCCCAAACGAUUAUUUAUUAAGAACACUUUCUUCAGAGUCAAUCAACACUAAAAGUCCUAGUUCUGAUUUUCAAUCUGUCGAUAGUCGUGAUACAUUCCUUAUUAGAUCAGUAUCCUCAUCAAGUUUAUCGUCAUCUUUGAAGAUGGAUUCAAAUGAGAUGACAUCCAAUGAACAAGAGAUUCGUAACCAGUUAUCAGUGGUUCGUGCUAAAUUAGCCAAAGAUGAAGAAAAACUGGCAAACAAUGGUGGGAAUAGUGAUGUUUUCAGUGAUUUAGGUUAUGAUAUCAUUGAUGAUUCAGUGGGAAAUAUACAAUCUGCUCAAAUUGAUGAUAGUCUUGAUUCACCUAAUGGGAAUGAGUCUAUACAUGAUACUAAGCGAACGCCUGUCCAUCAGACAAAAAUCUCUCUCUUAAACUUAGCUGAUCUUAUUAACUGUCUUACAAAUCAUAAUGAAUCAAUAAGUCUUGCGCAAAUUGAUUGGUUACUACCAUUCCUUCUGCUAUCAUUUGAUAUGAUGCCUAAAAAUAUGACAAAUCAAUACGAAUGGCCAAAACCGUCAACUAUGCCUCGGACUAGUUUACACCUACUUGUCAUUAAUUGUUUAACUAAUUUAGCUCAACUUAAUCCAUUCAUAUUUUUUACACAAUUAAAUGUAAAUCAAUGUUGUUCAAAUGAUCAACAAUUUAAUCUUGAACAAUGGCAAUGGCCUACCGCAGUUGAUGUUAUUCUUGAAUUUCACAACAAUAGUACAGAUCCACAAGUUCAAGGGCAAAUUUGCAUACUUAUUGGCAAUUUGAUUGGUGCUAGUUUAGUCUGGCAAAGUGUAAAUUAUUCUGAAACUAACAGCACACUGAAUGAUGAAGACGCAUCGCCUCAUAGGUCAAAGCAAAGUAACCUGGAACGUCUUUUCAGUCAACUAGAAGUAUAUUUAAAUCCAAGUAUUUCUGGUAUUGCCUUUCGAUGGGCUUUAUCAGGUUUACGUGCGUGUUCUAGUGCUUUAUUAUCGUGUUGUACCAAUUGCUCAACAUCGUCAUCAUCAUCACUAUCAUCGUCAUCUUCUGUAUUAUGCCCAAAUGAAUUCAAUCCACUAUUUGAUAGAAGAUUAUUACUUUAUCGUUUUCUGAAAAUAUUAGCAUCAUUAAUUGUGCAUACAUCACGUCAUUCUUAUCGUUUAGUACGACGUGAAUUAUUAAAUCUUAUCAUUGAACUUGACUGGGCAACUAUCAGUUAUUUAGAGGAAACAUUGAAAACAUGCAAUUUUGAAAAGUCCGUUUGGUUUGCUGUGAAACCAGUCAGACUGAUAGACUUAGCUUGGACAGAAUGUUGGCGUAUUCUUUGUGAUGCAGAUCCUGAUCUACGUGAACAAGCUUCAGUUGGACUAAUUGCUCUAUGCUCUAACCUAACGAGUGGUAUUGGUGACUAUUUAGGCAUUUCUACUGGAGACCUACUGCCAAAUCGUGUCAAUCGUAGUUUACAGUUUUGGUUUCCUCAGUCAUAUUCACAAAGUAAAUUAGGUAUUUCGUGUUUUGGAUUAGUUGGUUGCUUGGGUGCUUACAGUUUACCUCCGUGUUUGUCUACUCUACCAAUGGAAAUGGAUGUUGGACCUGUUGGGCAACAAUUUUAUCAAUCAAAAAUGUCUCAAUUGUUACAUUUAGAAGCAGAAAAUAAUAGUAAUAAUAAUUAUAACAAUAAUAAUAGAACAGCUAAACAGAUGAACUGUUUUCAUUCAAAUAGUACAGGAGCUAUACGUCUUUUCCGAAAUUGUUUAACGGCUUUAAUGGAAUUACCGUGUUCAAGUGUCCUACCGGAAGAUCGUUAUAUGCUGCUUGGUGUCGUUAGUUGCUUGAAUCAGUUGAUUGGAUUCGCUCAUUUACUGAGUUAUUCUGAUAUAUGGUUCGAUUCAUCAUCACCACCACCACCAUCAUCAUCAUCAUCUGAUUCCAAGCCGUUAAUUGGUGACCAAAUGGAACAUUCUGUACAAUCUACACAACGUAGAUCACGUCUUUCAUUAUUAUCUUGGCAUUGUCUCACUUUGUUAUCAUCAACUCCUAUAACUUCAACCGAUAUAGAGCUUCAAUCGGCAUUGUUACAUCUAUGCACUGGUUGUGUAAUACGUUGGUCUAUCUUUACAUCAUUGGAUAAAUCUACAAGAAAACAUGAUAUCAACACUACUGACAACAGCAAUGAAUCAAAUUUGUCGAAUUAUCAAAAACCAUUCACUCGUUUCGCUUUAGCCUAUAUGCAACACUUGAUGAGGACUUGUUGUGUUAUGUGGCAUGUUUUUGAAGGCAUCCCUCUACCUCAAAAUAAUCAAUCAGACUCAGUUAUAUCCAAGAUUCCUAUUGGUUCAAUGUAUUCUGGUAUAUCAGAGUCUUUUAUGCAUACAGUAGCGAAUAUCGCUCAAACAAGUACUAACUUCUCUCUCAAUAAAAAUAAUCAAGAUUCAGUAAGUGUAUCAGCUACUCUUGGCAACAGUGGUAAUACUGAUUCAACCAGUAAAAAACGCAAUUAUGGUACUAAAUUAGGCGGUUCGUUGAGAAGACAUUUAUCAGUCCCUCGUUAUUCACCAACAUUUUCAACAUCAAAUUUGGGAUAUUUUGCCAAUAUGCCACAUUAUGUGGCACUGUAUAAAACUCUUAAAACUGCAUAUAAAACGUUUAAAAUAUCUUCUGAUUUGAAUGGUGUUCAGGACCGAUUAAUGUGUUUACUACAAACAUGCCUGUAUUCCUUUGGUCGAUUAUUAGAAAAUCUUCAAUUCAAUGAUAUAGCUCCGUAUGCAGAUGAAUUAUUAAUGUAUUUAACAUCAUUUUAUAAUUGGCAACCUGGUGCAUGUUUAGAGUUGGCAACACAACUGCUCCGAGCCUUUGUAGGCACAAAUCUUUGCAACCAAUGGGAUGAUCAGUUAUCACGUUUAUAUUCAGAAGCUUUAAAUCGUACAAGUUUCAUCCAGGCUGGAAAAGAUGAAGUGGAAAACCGCGGUAGACAUAGUGUAAAAAAUACUGUCGAUUGUUGUAUUGAUAAACUAUUGGAACAAAAUAAAGCUAUUACAAAUUAUUUACUAGAUCAAAAUGUUUUAGACGAGAAUAAACUUUGUUGGAUUACAAUACCCGAGCUUCAUCAAGCUCCGAUAUCUGCAUGGAUUCGAUUCGCUCGACAACGUCGUAUUCCUAUUGGGUUAGAGUAUGCAAAUAGUACUGAUAGAGCAUUGGCUACAUCAUCGGCACAAACAAUGACUAUGUCUGCAUUGAAGAUAAAAUCUGACGUUCAGUCAUUUUUCAAACGUCUUGAGCACAUUGUACUACGGGGUAUGGAAAAUUAUAAAUGGACCAAUAAUUAUUCACUACAAACUGGUAUACUAGAUCUGCUCAUUCAUCUAAUAUACUUACGUAUGAAUUAUUGUCAGCUUGAUGUGCAACAAAAAUUCCUACAUACUGUGAUCAGUCAUUGUGAAAAUUUGGCUUCAGAAAUCCAACGAAUUGAAACAAUCGCCUUGAUGACUUCCAAUUCAUUGUACCAUUAUCAUCAUCAUCAACAAACUGGUAAAGGUGGUGGUGGUCAACAGUUGAAUUCACAGAAACGCUCAUUAUUAUUGUCGUCAUUCUCAUCAGUUUCUAUCUCGCGUAGUGAAUGCUAUAAUUCUGAUUCAUGCCUAUUCCCUAUGAUAAAUUUAAGAGAACCGUCUACAAUACAUCAACAUCAACGUCUUGUAAAUGCUAUAUUUCGUUUUUUGGUUACUUUAACUUAUCAACAUCGUGUUAUUUCAUCGACUACUACUACUACUCCUUCGUCGGCAUCAACACCGUCAGUGUCGUCAACAACAACAACAUCUGUGCAGUCUAAACAGAAUGAUUCGAUGAACUCAGAGAGUUCAACCGCUAGUACUGUUACGGGGACAACAACAAAUACGGGGACGACCACUACCGCUGCUACUACGACUACUACUAAUAAUAAUGAGAAUGAAGAAGUGGUAAAUUCACGCCUUGUAGAACUAAGUCAAGUUGUACAUUUGGCUGAAACAUUAGCUGCAGAAACACGAGAUCCUAGUAGUGUUGUAUUAACAGCAAUGAUUCCAAUGAUUGUGGAUUUAUUUGUUAUCCAACAACCGUUAAACCAACGAAUGCAUAAACAAACUCAAAAUAUCGAUGCAAAUAAAAAGCAUCAAAUUCAACAAGCCAAUGCUCAACGUGAAACUAUCUUUCACUUUCUUCUACGUCGUCUAAGUCAUCUACCAGCAUGUUAUGAUCAAAUAUCAUUAAUUCUUGAAGAGGUUAACAUUUCAAAAAAAUUGUGUACACAAGAAAAUGUUAUUCCUUUAGUCGACAGUAUAACUCAGAUUUCAAAUCAUAUUUUAAGUCAUUUCACUGCUGGUACAGCUCAAAUUGAUAAUUCUACUGACUAUGAAGCUUUACAACGUCUUUUCAAUCAUCUUCUUAUGAUAAUUCAUUCUUUUACUGAAAAUGAAUCAUCCAGUAUAAUAUGGAAUAUUAUAUCGAAAGUUGAAGAAGUAUUAUAUUGUGAAUUUAAUCCUAAAAUUUUCUUGGAUUAUUACAAUAUAACUCACUUUAUACGUUGGAUUAUGACAAAAGUUAUUUGUAGUCGUUUCAUUUUUCACUUACUCAACCAUGGAAUGAAGUUAACUCAACCAGCUGAAUACAAUGUCACAAAACAAACUGCAAAAUUAUUCGAACAUUCUCUUGUCGUAUUCCAACAAAUCAUUGAAGGCAUUCAGUUUUAUAUACUACAUGAGCCAUUUUCUAUUGGUCAGUUAAUCAAUUUACAGUUCGAUUAUUCCCGGAAGUCAAUGAAUUUAGCACUUUUGAUACAGUUAUCUUUAUCUCAUUUACUUUGUCUUACGGAACUGGUCAAAUCUGAUAUUUGGAGAAAUAUUCAAUGGGAUAUUCAAGCGACAGUUUCAGUAAUUCAAGAUAUACAUAAAAAUAUAUAUACACUUGGAAGAUAUGAACCAUUACUGUGUAUAUUAUGGUAUCAGCUGAUUUAUUCAAAAGAAGUCAAUUUUAUUGAAACCCUAAGGAAAUCUAAUUCUUCUGAUGAAUAUGAAAAUGCUUCAAGUGGAAUCUUUUUACCAGACUAUUUUGAUGAUUUACUAGGGAUAAGUAUCAAUUCCGAGCUUGUUAGCCAGGCAUUGAUAAUAUACUAUACUCAAUCACAAUUGGACAAUAAGGUGGAUACUGGUGUUAUCCUUCAACAAUUGUUAUCACCAUCGUCGUCUACUUCAUAUGAAAAGUCUACAACACGCCGAACAAAAAUCAUACAAAUAAUAAAGAUGUGGUAUUCUGGUGAACCUGUAAUUUGUACCUUAAUGUCAUUGUUAUUAAAUUCAAAAAGUGGAUUUCAACAACUUCAUUCUGUGUGUAUGGAAAAUCUUACAUUUAUGUCACUUGGACAGAUUAACUUCCUUCUGAACAAUAUGUUUAAUACAAUUCAUUCAGAGUCUUUAAGUAGUCAACUGGAUGCAUUAUUCAACAUAUUUAUUAGUCCACAGUGUAAAUCGAUCAAAUCUGAUCAACAAAAGCAUUGUACCACCUGUGUCAAAAGUAUCAUGCCAAUCAGCUUACGAAUGAUAGCCUCCAAUAAAGCUUGUAAUAUAUUACAGUGGAUUCUUAAAAAGCACAAAAAUGCAGAUUCAGAGCCUUUAAUAUCAAACCAUGACUUGGAGAAUUAUCGUUUGCGUCUAACAUCAUCUGGGAAUACCCUGAAGUCUGAUCGACUACUCUCUUUACUUGGUCAGUUGAUUCAGUACACUAGUGAAAAGCCUUGUCAAAACGAAAUGCCCAAAUGUAGUACAAGUUUAGCUCAUAAUAACAUUGAAUCUAUUUUAAAGAAAGCUGAUGAAACCAAUUGGUUAUUGAAUUCAGCUAAAGAUCUAUUAAAACACUGUGAUUUAUCCGGCACAUUGAAUGGUAUUCAACUUAUUCAUGCCUUGUCAGAGUGUACAACUAUUAGUGAGAAGAAAAUUUCAAAUAUUCUUAAUUCAUCAUGUCUUCGAUGUUCUCCAAGAAUGCUCUAUUAUGCUUUAGUAUGUGGUUCAUCCUCUACAUCUACAUCCACAUCCACGCUUUCAUCAUCCAUGUCAACACCGACUUCAUCAACACCUGAUAUUACAAAUCUAUUGUCCAAACCAGGUCCUAAAACAUCACGUAUUACACCUUGUGUAAAUGUUUUAUUUCAAGUUGCUGAGAAACUACUUUUUAAAAAUAUACAAGAUAUUGUAACCAACCCUAUGGAAUUAUUCAAAGAAACUGAAGAUCCAACAUUGGUGGAUUCUGUUCAGUCAUAUUUGACUGGUUUAUCAUUUGCUUUAUUGGAGUUUCUUCGAGUACUACCACAUUUACCAGCAAUCGAUUUAGUACCUAUAGAAAAAGAAACUGAUGCUCUGAGUUUUCUACUCAUUCUUAUUGAGUUCUUCUUCUACUCAUUGGGUUAUCCAUAUACUCAACUAACCGGUGUUACUCCAAGUGCCGGUAGUAGUCAUAAUAGUAGUAGUAGUGGUGCUUGUGCCGGUGGUGGUGAUGGUGAUGAUAUAAGAACUCAGCCACAAAAUAUGACUACUGAUAAUAACUAUCAUUACAUGCCUACAAGACAAUUUAUGGUAUCUGUAACUUUGAUAGAAAAUAGUCUUCGAUUAUUGAAUUAUGUCUUACAGACAGCAUCAAAUCGUUCUGCUAAAGGAGUUGAUUUAUUCGGUGGUGAUGGGAAAAAAUUUUUAUCAAUUUUUCUUACCUUUCUUUGGAUGAUAGAUAAAUCAGCCUGUCUGUCUGAGUAUUCAACGCUUUGGUCGACAUCAAUUAAUGAAUAUAUGAUAAAAGCUGUAAAUAAUAUCCUACACAAUUCUAUACAACACUCACCGACCACCUUAUCCACAUUAGAAUUAUCUACAACAAUUCUAUUAAAUAAUCUACUUAUUCCUGUUUAUCCACCUGUUAUGGGUAUAUGGUGGCCUGAUCCAUUGUCUGCAUCAACAUUAUCUCAUUUCUGUGCAACAAUUGCAUCCUCAGCAUCUCUGACUGCAUUCAAUUCUACAUUACCACAACAACAACCACAACCAAACCAGUCGAAUUCAUCUAUGCUGUAUCAAUUCAAAUCAGGCAAUAUACAUCAUCUAGAAGGCGGUUUUAUUCAACCAUGUCAAUUAAUUGGAAAGUGUAGAUUAUUACGUGCUAAUUUAAGCCAAUCAACUGGAUCUAAUAAUAUAAUAAGUCAAUUGAAUAUUUGUACUUUAGGUAUUGCUCGUCUUUUGCACACCUUGGACGUAUCAAGUUCGCAUGGUUAUAGCUCAAUGAAUAUGUCAUUUCAUGAAUCGAAUCAUGUGAAGAAGUCAGAUUUUAUCAAUUCAUUUGUCAAUAUGGAUUUAGAUCAUUUAACAUCGAAUAUCACGCGUAUUAAUGCAUUGGGUUGGUUGGAUAGGCGAGAAUUUGAACGUAUCUGGACAACAUACCUAGAAUUGUUGUCCUCUGCAUCAGACACCAAUCAAAAUGUGUAUUCAACUACAUUAGAAGCUGAUAAUACACAAUUAAUCAGUUCUGAAGAGUUAAUUGAGUGUAGUCAGUCUAUUGUAAUUGGUUUACGUGGUUUAACACGUUUACUUAUGGAUACUUCAUUGAAACCUCAACCUGGAGAUACAUUGUACUCUCGAUUACGUCAUCAUUCUCGUCUUGGUACACCACAUUUCUCUCACACAAAGCUUGGUCGAAAGCUGAUCUCAUUGUUAUCCUUUAUUGAACGAGAACGGGAUUACUUAAACAAGUCUAGUGAAUAUGCUACAGUUAAAAAUUCAAUACAUUCUGAAUACAGUAUGAAUAAAUUCAAUGAAACAGAAGACUUAGAAAUGAUCAAUUUGGAACGUUUAACUGAUUCAUGCAUUACAGAUGGUCCGAGUCAAUUUGCAGUGGAUUGGUCAAUUCGACGUUUAAAUAUGCGAGAAACUAUGAAUUCCAGUACAACAAUACGCCGGCCUUUAUCAAAUGAAUACAUUCGGGAAAAUGAUAAAAGUCAUUCUACACUGAAAUCACCGAUUUCAAAAUUGAACCAUCGAACAGUGAACAAUUUAACACUACAAAGUUAUGAAGAUCCAUUAUUCUCAUGUCUACAAUCCUUACAAUUAUUUUAUCAUUCAUGCCUGAAACCAGAACCAUUCCCUACACGACCUAAUAAUGAAGAUAUGCAUAGUCUAUUAUUGGGUACUUCAAAACUUGUUGAUCUACUUACAUCAAAUCCAAAUGUUAUUUCAUCUUCUGUGUUGAAUAAAGCGUCAACAGCUAAACAAGCUAAACAAAUUAAUGCAGCACCAUCGAUAAAAGGACCUGCUUUUGAUGUAUGGCAGUCAAUUCUUCAAUCAGCUAUUAUUUUAUCGGAUUUGUUUACCACACAAGAACAGUUCAUCUGGUUAAAUGAUCAUUUGCAAGAUGCCGUGAAACAAUUGCCAACAUGGAGUGAAUUCCAAUGCCCGAUUCAUGCAUGGUUAGCAUUAGGUAUUGCAAAAUGUACUGCAGUCUUAGAAUUACUUAAUAGUUCACCGAAUAAUUCACAUGUUCUACAAUCGAAUUCACUUGAACCAGCUGUGAAACAAACAUUGAAUACAAUUAAUUCUAGUUUAUUAACUGUACAAAAUGCUGGUUUGCAUAGUUCUAUGUAUUUAUUACAUGCUGCCUUAUUGAUUAGAACACAACCACAUCAACAACAAUUACAACAGCAUAGUCCACCAACUGGUUCACCUUUGUUAAAUGAUCUUUAUACACAGCUAUGCAGUUAUUUGGAAAAGAAGCUCAGUACUAUAUUUUGCACGUCAACAACAACAACCAAUACAACUAAUUUAUUAAGCAAUGAAACAUCAGUUAACCAAGAAUUGUCGCUUUCAUUGAUGACUGGAUCAUCUGGUAUGAAAAAACUUAUGCAAGCAGUACUUCAUCCAGGUGCAGCUAGUAAAAUUUCUAUGAAUUCACACAUGGAAAGAGGAUCCUCUAUGAUUCACGUAUCAAAUGUUGAUUUAACAGAUCACCUGGAAAAUCAUCAAUUGAUUGUCCUAUCAACUGCUUUCUUUUUAACUGAACACUUUUCUAGUCCACCAGUCUAUCCUAUUGUAACAGAUUCAAGUUUAGGCAUUACAGAAAUGCUGUCUGGUCUGACAGCUAAUCUCUUUCGAUUAGCACCAUCUAUGCUUGGUGAUACACCUGUAGUGAGUCAAUCAAAAAGUCCUGGAUAUACACAAUGUUCUUCUUUGAGUACAGGAACUACAGUGGAUUUAAGUUAUUCACUUUCUGUUCAUAUGGCAUGGUGUCAAGGUAUUGAACGACUUAUUCAAACUGGACGUCUUGGAAAAGGUGCUAUUGGGAGUCUACAAAAAAUGUGUAUCAAUCGAAUCCGUACAUGUCGAUCACCGCAUAUAAGUUAUCUUGCUAUUCGUUUACUACUGACUUGUAUGUAUGCAAAUUUGGGACGAUUAAAUGAUCGUAUUCAGCAUUAUCGACGCAUUCAUAAUACACAAUCUGUUCAGAUAUCAAAUAAUAAUGAUGAUGAUAAUAAUACUAAUCGUAAUGGUAGUAAUUCACAAGACUAUGAAACGAAAACUUUCCAAGUGACAACAUUAAAUGAAAAUACUACAGGAUCAAUAGCAAAAAGUGAAUCUAAAACAGAUGAUCCUAAUUUACUGGAAUCACUUCCUUCAUCACUUCUUCAAGAUUCAGAAAAUAUUGCUGCUCUUACACAAGAAUCACUUAAUUGUCUAUGGGAAAGAUUUCGUGGUGGGAUAUCAUUGAUUAAUUCACCUGUUCAGUCUACGCAUGGAUUACAAAUCCCUUGGACAAUGAGUGCUUGGACAAGUGCUGUUGAAGCUCGAUUAAUUGCAAGAUUAUUACCAUUGAUCAGUACUGAUAUCACUCAAACUGUUGUCGGUUUAUUAACUAAACCAGAGACAGUAAAUAAACAAUUUAGUCUUUCAUCAGCAAUAAUUGGUUGUGAUUCAUUGCCGAAUAUUGUUUUAAAUAAGGCAUUAGCUGAAUUCGCUCGUGCUGAUCAUGCCUUUCCUAAUUUAGCAGCUUCAAAUUUAACUGAGUUGUUUGAAAGAUUUAUGCAAAAUGAAAAUGGACAAAAUUUAAUACGCCAAUGGAUACUUCUUUCAUUUCCUACACUUUUGAGUCGUCAACCGCCUGAUUUGGCUAUAUGGGCCUGUACUGUCUGUCUGUUGGCUGCAGCUACUGAUCAAAAACUGCGAGCAGCAUUGCAUUUAUGCUAUACAUAUAAAUUAUCCAAUUCUGAGUCAACUAAUUCAUGGUAUACAACAAAUACUGAUAGAUCUCUGCAUUGUAAUCCGACAACAAAUGUAUGCUUAAAUGAUCUUUUAUGCAUAUCAGCUUAUCAUUUUGUUACUGAUGGCCUGUUGAAACCUUUACCGGUGUUGGAAUCAGAAAGUCUAGCAGCUCAACGUCAAGCUGAACGGAAUCAUUUCCUGGCUAUGCUUAAAGAUCAUUGUGAUGCAGCAACACUCGAUGAUAGCUGUGAUACUACUAACAAUCAUCAUAAUAAUAAUAAUAGUACAGAACACUUUGAUAAAAAUUAUUCUAUAUUUCAUCAAUUGUAUACAAUAGUUAAACAACAAGUUGCUAUAACAACAGUAGUCAAGUAA